CUACACCAAGGCCGUCUACCGCGCCCUGCUCAACGGCUCGCGCGCCGUGGCGCUCAAGGCGGUCGACUUCGGCGGGCACGACGUGGCCGGCUGCGUGCGGCAGUUCGCCGCGCUCGGCGACUGCUACCGCCUGGCCGCCUACAAGCUCGUCAAGGAGAUGGUGCUGCUGCAGCGGCUGCGGCACCGCAACGUGCUGCAGCUCUACGGCUAUUGCUACCAGGACAGCAAUGACAUCCCAGACACACUGACCACCAUCACUGAGCUGGGCUCGCCCUUAGAGAUGAUUCAGCUCUUGCAGACUUCUUGGGAAGACCGAUUUCGAAUAUGUCUUAGCUUAGUUCGGCUCUUGCAUUAUUUGGCUCACUCUCCUCUUGGCUCUGUGACGUUACUGGACUUUCGUCCUCGACAGUUCGUCAUCGUAGAUGGGGAAUUGAAGGUGACAGAUCUGGAUGAUGCCAGCAUUGAGGAAAGUUCUUGUACCAGUAAUAGUGACUGUUUUAUGGAAUUCCCUGCAAGAAAUUUCACUCUUCCUUGUUCUGUGGAGGGCCGAUGUCAAAACAUGAACGAAAAGAGGAAUCUCUACAAUGCCUACAGGUUCUUUUUCACAUAUCUUCUGCCACACAGUGCUCCAUCCUCACUGAGACCGUUAUUGGAUAAGAUAGUCAACGCAACAGGAGAACUUCACUGGGGAAUAGAUGAAACAGCAGCUCAGCUAGAAAGAGUUUUGAAUUUAUAUAAGAGUGGAGAGUACUUACAGAACACUACCCGAAUACCAAAAACUGAGUACAAGCGAGUGCCUGAAGCUUUUAUUCCCGAUGAGAACUACAGAUGCUGGCCGUCGUACCAUCACAAGGGCUGCCUCCUCUCCGUGUUUGACGUCAACGAAGCCAUGGAGAUCUGCGACAGCUACUCGCAGUGCAAAGCUUUUGUCUUAACCAACCAGACGACUUGGACAGGUCGGCAGCUCGUCUUCUUCAAGAUGGCCUCAAAUCCUAUCGUGCCUGAUCCUGACAAGAUAACAUAUGUGAAAGUGACAGGCUGACAGCUAAAGUGGCUCAGUUUGACUCAGAUGAAGGUUGAUCGUGUCUGGGAAGUCUGCAUCCUCUGCAUUGGUAUUUAUUUGGGCAAGUACAAUCACAGCAAACUGAAGCACAUCAGUUUGUAAACUAAAUAUCAAAUGUUACUGAAGACAAUCAGCACUUGUGCUAAAGCUCUCAAAUAUGCAAGACCAACGUAUUGUCACAAUGAAGGAGAACUUCCUCAGAUAUGUUUAGAAUUGCAAGACUGUAGCUACUUUUUUUUGUUGUUGCUUCAAAUGUUAUCAUAAAAUUUCAUUUUUAAUUUAAAGGAGCCAUGUUGUAGGUCUAGCAAAUGACAUAAGCAUAUGAAUAGUCCCACUGAAAGGGUAGGGACUUACCCAAGUGCUGAGUGCUUUGCUGAAUAGGGUUAGGCCUAAGCAUAUGCUUACAAUUAAGCCUGUGCUUAAGACUUUUGUUGAAUCAAGUUGAAAUUGUUCAGUAAGCCACGUCUCUGUCAGACUGGCAAAGCAAUCCCUCUGGUGGAACAGUACUAUUUUAAUCAAUA